AUGACGGACGCUGAGAAGAACGAUCUAUGCAUGCCGGUACCCCCGGCCAAGGCUAUUGUCAUAGAUCAUGACAUGGCCAUUACCCCAGAUCCUGAAAAGUUUAUUGGCAAUUACUCUUCCAAUGAGGUUCCAUCCAAUGGCCCCGAUUCUCCCAAUGUGGUUGACCUGGAGGCUCAGCCCACAGAGCCCCGACGAAAGCGGUUUGCGCACUUCAGAUAUGUCAUGUUUACUGUGUAUCGCCGGCUCUUCACUGUGGUAUUUUGCGCAAAUCUCGCUGUAUUUCUCUACGUGAUGAUCUCUGAUCGGAAGCUUUUGGCACUUGUGAAUGCAACAGCUGUCAAUUUGGUGGCGUGCGGUCUCGCUCGACACCCGAUGAUGGUCAACGCCAUCUAUAGAGUGGUGUGCUCGAUUCCUCGAAAGGCACCUCUAUCUUUGCGCCGCAGAUGCGCUAAGGCAGCUCACUACGGUGGUGUUCACAGUGGCUGUGGGACUGCAUCUCUGGUGUGGUACAUUGGAUUUGUUGCCAUGGUGUCACAGAUCUAUUGGACAAAUUCUCCCAUCAGCACAGUAACAGAUGCCAGUUUCUCGGCCGCACCGAUCGCCGUCGCCUACGUCAUUCUUGCCCUACUUGUUGUGAUGGUAGUCGUGGCAUACCCAACCUUCCGCAGGAGAAUGCAUGAUUACUUCGAGCUCACCCACCGAUUCACCUCAUGGCUGAUCCUGGCCCUUUUCGUGGCCUUAGUCAUGUUAUUCGCCCAUGACGUGGGCAAUGCAGAGCAGCAAACUCUUGGCUAUACCCUCGUCACUCUUCCUGCAUUUUGGCUGUUAAUUGCGGCUGUCUUCGCCGUGGCCCAUCCAUGGCUAUUAUUACGGAGGGUUCCGGUAAAGGCCGAGCCCCUGUCUUCGCAUGCUGUACGACUAUCUUUUGACUUCACCCCGAUCAACUUCGCAAAAGGUGUCCAAGUCUCAAAGCAUCCUCUACGCGACUGGCACAGUUUUGCCGGAUUUCCAGACCCCAUUCCAACCGGUGAAAAGCCAUUUGUUAAGGGCCACAGGCAUAAGAGAAGCUGGUCGAUCGUGGUGUCAAAAGCAGGUGAUUGGACGGCGGAUACCAUUCGUGAACCGCCAACUCAUCUCUGGAAACGCGGGGCACUGAUGCGUGGUGUCGGAUAUGGUCUGCGUGUCUUCGACCGCAUUAUCAUAGUCACCACGGGGUCCGGGAUAGGACCUUGCCUUGGGUUCCUAGGCGACGAAAACCGGCCCUUGAUCAAGGUCAUUUGGCAGACACGUAACCCGGUCAAGACUUAUGGCCAGGAUGUCAUUGAUCUCGUCCAUAAGAUGGGCCCUGACCCGAUUAUCUUCGAUACCAGUCGUGAUGGCCGUGUUGACAUGCUCCCUAUCGUGCGACAGCAAGUGAAGGAAUUCAAAGCGGAGGCAGUGUUUGUUAUCAGCAACCCCAAAAUGACUCAAGAUAUCGUUUACGAGUUUGAAUCACAAGGGAUUCCAGCCUACGGGCCAAUUUUCGAUUCAUGA